AUGGCUAACUUCCUCCAAAUCCUAAUUCCUCUGAUUUCCUUGCUCCUCGCCGCAGCCAACUCUGAAACAACCUCCUACGAUCUCUCCAACCUAAACCAAGACCUCCCUAUCUACCAAGGCGACGCCCACUUCCACAGUCCUUUAUACCGCCUCACGAAAACCAACGCUUCCGGCUACCCACAGAAGUACAGUGUCGGCCGAGUCCUGGAUCCCGAGAUCUUUAAGUUUGAGGGGCUAUUCCUCUUCACAUGUGCCUUUCAAUUUGUUAUCACUCCCGUAGACAACACGCCAGCCGACGGCCUCACCUUCUUCAUCGCCCCCGCCGGCACCACCAUCCCCGACGGCAGCGGCGGCGCCAACUUUGGAGUGUUCAGCCCACAGGGGCCGAAUUCCAACAUUUUCGCAGUUGAAUUCGAUACCUUCUUCAAUCCUGGAAUAGAUGCCACGAGUUUCCCUCAUGUUGGGAUUGAUAUCGAAAGUCCAAUAUCCAGUAACUUGACGGUUGUGGGGAACGAUCUGAUCGGUAAUGUGGUGAGUGCAAGGAUAUUUUACGAACAAGCUACUAAUUUCUUGAAUGUUAGUGUGGCAAUGGGAGGAAAGAGGUUUGAGGUGAGCUAUGUGGUUGAUUUGAGCAGUAUUCUUCAGAAAGAGAGUCAAGUUGGCCUCUCUGCCGCUACCGGUGAAGGAGUAGCCAUUUUCGACAUCAGAACUUGGCUAUUUAAUUUCAUCAAAGGUUCUCCGACGGUCGAAAAGUAUUUGUUGACUGCAUAG